GCUCAUCGAGCAAGACCUCCUGUCGGACCCCGGCACGAGGGACCUGGAGAUUACACAAAGUCCCUCGUGCCAGGGGCUUUGCAUCGCGACCUGGGCCUUUAAGGCUUCACAGGGCACAGCUGUGCCUGCAACAGCCUCCGAGCCGCAGGUCGCCUUGCAG